AUGGCGCCCAGAAUCCCGUUCUCGCUUGUCCUAGUACCGUUGAUCUCUGUCAUUCUCUACACCCAAUCGGCCGAAUAUCUCUGGAAGCUUGUCGGGCGGGUGGAGAUCGACAAGACGCGACUCGUCCGAUGGGAGAACAGCACCGCCCUCAAUAAUGCCGAAUGCCAGGUCAUCAAGACCGCCAACGCCUGUGAAGAUGUGAAAAUCCAUUAUGCAUCCCAGACGGCAUUCCUCUCCUGUGGAGAUCCUUGGGAGCGCACGCAUUGGUACCCGUGUGCCGGCGUUCGUGACGCCCACCUGCGCGCUGAGUCGUCCUUCCGUGAGCCGCUAUUCAAGCAUGACCUGAAGACCGGCCAGACGACAGAGCUCCAGAUUAAAGGCCUGGAAGGGGACUUCAUCACUCAUGGCAUUGAUAUCCUUUCGCUGCCGGGUGACUCUUCUCGGAUCCAAAUCUUCGCUGUUAACCAUGCUCGAGACGGAGAUUCUAUCGCCAUCUUCUCUCACACGCUCGGGUCGGAUGUGGUCGACUUAGUGAAGAAUGUCAAACACCCCAACAUCAAAACUGCCAAUGGAGUGGUCUCAACGGGUCCCUUGACCUUCUACAUCACCAACGAUCACUAUUUUGCCGGUGGUCCGCUUCGUGUCCUGGAGGAGAAGUUUGGACCUUGGAGCUGGGCAACGAAUGUUCAGUACUGUGAUGCCAGCGGCGAGGAGGUGUCUUGUAAUCAAGUCUCCGGUACAUUUCCAGGCGCCAAUGGCAUCAAUUUAUGGAAAGACCGACUUUUCGUGGGCGACGCCAGGAACGGAACGGUCACGAUUUUUCAGAUUCAUCCAGAUCACUCCUUGACCAACCUGCAGACUGUGGACCUUGGAGCAGCAGCAGAUAAUAUCAACAUUCUCCCCACAACAGGCGAUCCGAUCGUCGCAGUUUUCCCUACACUUGAAGAUCUCCCGGCAUACCUAGACAAUGUGAAAACACUCGGCAAGGACUUCUUAGUUCCGGCUGCAGCUCUUCGACUCGAUCACGAAAAGAAUUAUACACCCAUGUUAGUCUACUUUGACGACGGUUCUUUGAUCAGUUUCAUGACCGCCGCCGCCGUCGACCCUUACAAUGGUUUCUUCAUCGCCGCGAGCGUGCUCCAGUAUGGAGGCUUUGCGGUCUGCAAGGUGCCGCCUGAUGCUUUUGCAUGA